GGGUACUCCAAGUGUGACAGUCAAGACAGUUUAGUAAAUGUAUGCUGACUACAAUAUUUGUUGAAAAUGGAAGCUGAGUCAGGAAUAUGUGAAGUUUGUAAAUCAGAAGCUAAACAUCGUUGCACGGGUUGCAAAAUGAAGUUUUACUGUGGUGCAGCUCAUCAACGUGACGAUUGGCCGCAACACAAACUCACCUGUCGUUCCUGGGAAAUAAACGAGUCUCCAGAACUGGGAAAACAUUUGAUAGCAACCCGGGAUUUGAACCCUGGAGAUUUAGUGAUAGCGGAGACUCCGUUGGUUUGGGGACCAGCGAGACACACUGAGCGUAUUUGCGUCGGCUGCGGGGACCCAAAUGUCCGGGUCCGAUGUCCAGGAUGCUCAUGGUAUGCGUGCAAAGUAUCAUGUGACGGACUCGUUGACGAAAACCGGCACGCGGUCGAGUGCAAAGUACUCGAGGGCCUGCGUCUUAUUCCUUCGUACGAUUUCCUCAUGGUCUUGAGGAUGAUUCUGAUUUACAAGAAGAGUCCAGGGCGCUGGCGGACUCUCGAUAGUCUGGAGAGCCAUCAAGAAGAUCGGGGACGAGAUACUGAAGCUUACGAGGAAACAGAGAUGAUGAUUGAGCAAUUGGAACCGAUUAUUGAAGCUCUGGCUGUUGAUAAAGAGGUUGUACGUAAAAUUUGUGGACUUAUCGAUGUCAAUGCAUUGGAGACAAAUCCUCCCGAAGGUUCCGUUGCUAUCUAUCAGUACGCUUGUCUACUUGAACACUCGUGUCUCGCUAAUACGCGUCAUAAUUUUACUGUCGAUUAUAAAGGACGCCCGAGAAUUAUCGUCACCGCUGCUACAUUUAUUAAAAAAGGCCAGCAUAUAAGCACAACAUACACUCACGUGUUAUGGUCAACCAGAGCCCGCCGUGAGCAUUUAUUAGCAACAAAAUACUUUGCAUGUCACUGCGAGCGGUGUAAAGAUCCAACGGAGUUAAAAAGUCACUUGAGUACUCUCAAGUGCACAUGCGGAUCUGGUCUUGUGUUACCUAAAGAUCCUCUUGAUUUAGAUACCGAGUGGUCUUGCAACUCAUGCCCAGGAACUUUAACAUCAUCAGAAGUGUUGCAAUUAACAGAUCGUCUGGACGAAGAAGUUGAAAACGCAAUGACUACCGCCAAAGAAUCAGUACUAAGUGAUUUAUUAUCAAGAUUGCAAGUACUUUUACAUCCUGGUCAUCAGCAUUGCAUUGCAGUCGCACACUCGCUUAUCCAACUGCAGUCUCCCGAUAAUCCGCAAAAACGUGAAUUAUGUGUACGCAUCCUAGAGACAACAUCAAUACUAGAUCCUUAUGGUACUCGACUUUGUUUAUAUACGGCGGUGGCAUUACGAGAGUUAGCUGGAUGCCCUGGGGAAGAUCGUCAGCUUAAUUUGAAACGUGCUAUUGAGUUACUUAAACAUGAGCCAGCUCAAAGUCCCGGUGAAAAAUUCAAAAAACUCAUAGAGACUGAAUUAUAAUUUAUUAUUUAUAAUUAAUAAAUAUAUAAUAAAAGUUAAUUAGCAAUUUAUUUAAUAUAACUAAUUAAGCGGCAUAAGGACUUCGGGGUAUUUUUACAGU